GGCCGAGGCUCUCUGCGCCCUUAUCUUUUCUUCUCCGUCAUGACGGUCUCUUCGUCUUCCUUUUGUACCCUUUCACGAACAUCCAAACCUCACCCUAGCAACAGCUGAUUCUCUCCACAUACUCACAAUCAUCACGAACCUCUGCUCUGGGCUGCUGAUAGCCACAACACCGCCGCAAUGACCUCCUAUCUCUCGCGUUUGAGUCCUGUCCCCGGAUUCCCCGAAUAUACCGGUCCCUACAAAGUAGGCACAAUCGAUGUCGAACUACCUAUCUCGGAGCUAGAAUCACCAAGUCCUGCGCCAGAAGAUCACAUCUCUACUGUCCAGUACAGAAUAUUUUACCCCUGUGAGCCGGAGUCAAAGGGCAAGAGCGUCAAUUGGAUCCCAAACCCUCAACAAGGCUAUGUCUCUGCGUACACAAGAUUCCUGGGGGCUGGAUCCUCGCUGGCAGAGGUCAUUUCAUAUUUCCCUCGUCUGCUCUAUUACAUUUCCAUUCCUGUACGAAAGAAUGCACCGCUCCUCCAGCCGAAUACCACAGACAAACGAUGGCCGGUCAUGAUUUUCUCCCAUGGACUUGGAGGAUCUAGAAAUGCAUACUCGCAUCUCGCAGGCUCCAUUGCAAGUCAUGGCAUGGUCGUAAUUGCCCCAGAACACCGAGAUGGAUCAACACCCAUAUCCUACAUCCGCGACGUGCCCUCCAAUAACUCUGUUACCGAAAAGUCCGCCGCGAGGAAGGCAAAGCGUACGAUAGACUAUAUUAAGAUGUCCCAUACACCCAGUCCAGAGGUAGAAGCAGGCAGGAAUGCUCAAUUGCGAGUACGAUUAUGGGAGUUGGGGAUCAUCCACGACAGUCUUUUGAAACUGGACCAAGGCACCGAGCUGUCGAACCUCAACAGUUCAUCCUCACCCCUCGCACCAUUCAAAGACACAAUGGAUGUACACACGCCUGGCAAAAUAGCUUUUGCAGGUCAUUCAUUCGGCGCCGCAACGGUUGCACAAUUCGUCAAAUCAACCUUCUACUCCCCGCGCAACGCCGAAGCACCAAAAGACUACGAGCCCCUCUUCACGCCCACCUCCCGCUCACCACUCAUAUCCCAAAUAACCCCCGAAACACCCCUCAUUCUCCUUGACGUAUGGUGUCUUCCCCUCCGCGCAGCCUCAACCCGCUGGCUAUGGAACCUGCCAUUCCCAUGCUACACUCCCAACGGCCCAGGCGGCUCCGCCCUCCUCGCAGUCGAAUCCCAAGCUUUCUUCAAAUGGCGCGUCCACCUAAAAGCCACCAAACGCCUCCUCUCCCCAGACCCCAGCUCCGACGAGUACACCUACAGCAACCCCUCCCCACCAGGUGAGAACCAGACCUCCUGGCCCCAACCCAACUUCUUCUACGCCGACGCCUCCGCGCACCUCUCCCAAUCCGACUUCGGCGUCCUCUUCCCCUGGGUAACCAAACGCAUCUUUGGCUCCGAAGAGCCCGAACGCGUCAUGAAGCUCAACGUCCGCGCUAUCCUGCAAGUCCUCCGCAAUCAAGGUAUUGAGGUCUCGAGGACCUCCGCGGAGGAUAUGGAGUUGGAGGAGGAAAAGGGCGUGGAGACUGGACGGGACGAGAAGAUUCUUGGACGGGAUGGGCAGGUCAGGAGGUGGCACUGGAUUAGUACGGAUGUUAAUGAGGUGGAUAGGGAGGAGGCGGUGGUGGGUGAGGAGGGGAAGGUGAAGAAUGGGCCGAAAGGGGAGGUGGAGAGGAGUGAGGUUACGGAGCCGAGCAAGGCGGUUUUGGGGAAUGAGGUGCUGAGUGGAAGAGAAGGGAAGGAGAGGUUGUGAUGGGGGUAGUGAAGAGGGUUGGGCUGGUGGGUUAUGAUUUAUGAUUUUUGUAUGUAUGAGCAUUGUUUUGCGUUGCAUUGGUUUGGGGUGAGGUCAGCAUGGCGUAAUUCUCAUAGACGGGUACCAGACUCGUGGGCUUGAAGAGACUCUAGACUAUUUGGCUAGACGAUAGAUAUCGAGUUCAAUCGGUUGAUUAAACUACAGGGCCAGAGAUUGCCAGCCCCUCUUAUUAAGCGAGUAUACAAUAUAUAUACAGGCCCGCAACUAUCCCCCCACACCAAAUAAGUAUAAAAAGCACCCCCUCAACCACAGACUUCCUCCUCAACUGUUCCGAAUUGCCUAAAGUGGAGUCAUAGUCCCCGGCGCCUACCCCAUCUGGUCGAAUUAACCCAGCCUUCACAUAACAAUGGAUUGUACAUAAACUCCAGCGGAAAAUUAGCUCAUGGGGGAUCAUUGCACUGUUUUCUGAUCUAUUGUCGUUGGGGAAGUUGCUGGCCAUACGUCUGUCACUGUCACUGUCAUAAUUUUGCUUUAAGGAAUCACUGUCAAUCACACCUCUUGCCUAACUGGUGAGGGGAAGGAAAUACCGAGGGGAGGGGGUUGAUUACAGAUAUGUGUAAGGAAUGUGUCUUGGAUAGAUAAAUAUGGAAAACAAACAUGAGGACACGAGCGUCGCAACUGGGUGGGACAAGUGUAAACUCGGUGAGUAUCUCUUUUCUCUCACCUACCAUGUUUUCCCUCCUCGCAAUGGAUUAGGGG